CCUGCUUCAAGACUCCGUCUCUCGUCCCGGACCCCGAGUCGCAAUAGUGGAUGGCAGCUAUGGGAUUGGCGAACCAGUAUCUCAACAGCGGAUGGCAAGCUGCGAGAUACGAGGACCGAAGACGCCUGCUAUACCGCUCGAUGGCAGCUACCAGACCGACCGGCGUCAACCACUUUGGCUGGUGGACAUAAUCAGGGCCGAGCAGCAGGAAAGACCACCGGCGGGAAAAUCAGCAAAGCCUGUACCUCCAUCGACGACGUCGCUCAACCGGCGCAUCCAAUCUUCCGAGCUGCGUCAGACAGCUCGACCUCUGGAUGCAUUGUCUGGCGGCGGGGGUGCUGUUGUGCCGUGCUACGUGCCUAUGAUCGAGGCGACGGGAGCUCCCACCUCUGCGCGACAAUUAAGAAUUCAACGCGCGGGGAGACUUCAAAAAACACCCAUCUUUGUCGCGGCGAAGCAAUAG